AGCAGCCUUGGCGUCUAUUAUGACCUCUGGCGCUUGAAAGAUCUGAUCUGAGACCAGCACUUUUAACGGGCGAGUUCCGGUUUCUCUUUGGUCACAUUUUGUAAACUUGCAGGUUCGGUAAAAGAUGUCACUAAGGGUUAUGUUUUACCAUCUGGGCUGCAAACGGUUUGGCGGUUAUGAUCAAGUCUUACAAAGCGUCAGAUAUUUCCACCGACUCAUACGAAGAGACCUCGAACCGAUGCGCACGCUGUCACCGCCGCCGACAAGUGUCUGCUGCCGAGUGAAUGUGAGGCAGUGGCACUCCUGCCUAGCAACACGAUAUCAACAUCUGCAAAGCGCCAAGUGGUUUUCCACGCUUCCUCCACCGCCUUCAUCGCGGGACAAAUCCAAAAAGUCUGGGCCCGUGACGUGGAAAUCUUUAGCAGUAACUUUCGCCAUCGGGGGAGCUCUGCUCGGUGGGAUGAAAUACUUCAAAAGUGAAAAAGAAGAAUUGAUGGAAAAAGAGCGGAACAAGUCGAUGGGGCGACCGGCGCUGGGCGGACCGUUCUCGCUGGUGGACCAUAACAGGAAGUCGGUGAGCAGCGAUGACUUCCUGGGCCAGUGGGUGUUGAUCUACUUCGGGUUCACGCACUGUCCUGACAUCUGCCCCGACGAGCUGGAGAAGAUGAUGGAAGUGGUGGACGAAAUUGACAAAAUCAAGUCUCUGCCCAAGCUGACGCCCAUCCUCAUCACCAUUGACCCUGACAGGGACACCCCGGAGGCCAUGGGGGCCUACGUCAAAGAGUUUUCUCCGAAGUUGAUAGGCCUGACGGGGACGACGGCUCAAGUGGAGCAAGUGUCGAGAGCUUACAGAGUUUACUACAGUCAAGGACCCAAAGACGAAGACAACGACUACAUCGUGGACCACACCAUCAUCAUGUACCUGGUCGGACCUGACGGACACUUUGUGGACUAUUUUGGUCAGAACAAAAGAAACACGGAGAUCUCCAACGCCAUCGCAGCUCACAUGAGGAAGUACAAGACGGAGAAGUGAUUGGACACCAAACGGGACAAAUAAACGCUAAACGAGAAUGAAAAGUAGGUUUUGUUGUUGGUGUAAAAAAAUGAAAAUAUAUUUAUCAAAAUUUGUA